UACACCGGUCUUGCAUAUUUUGUUGCAACUAAGCCCUACGGUGCCCAUGUGUUAAAAUUUGCCUCCCAGAAAGAUGUCAGUACAUGCAGCGGAUUCAGUGCUCUAGCACAUGCCGAGUCAAAAUUCUCGAACAGACUACGGGCCACAGGUGUCGGGCUCUGCCCAUGUGCACAUCAUGAAUUUGUGCAUCCCAAAGGGGUGGGUUAUCUGCAAAAGGGCGAACGCUUCUGCAACAUGGAUUUCAUUUUUUUUUCAACUAUCAUCCCCCUUCUUCUUCUAAAUGUUGUCAUCUCCUACAAUAUUGCUUGCCAAUGGAAAAUCAACCUCCUUGACAGGAUGAACAAACUUCCUGAAAAUAUGUGUAUACCCGUCGCAGUCGCAAUGUCAGUGUUCAUGUUCGGAAUCCCAAAGUUUCAUGCCAGUGCUCAUGACGACGGCUGCUCUAUCCCACAUUCGCUCAACCUCAUGCCAGGAGUAGGGCAAACAGAUGGAGAAGGCAUUGAACGGAAUUGGGCGGAGGUGAACCAGGUUGCAAAUAGCACCAAGGAAAUGGGACCUGGUGCACGACAUGAUACCCUGGAUGAUCAUUUUGGUCAUCAUAAUUGGCGUAAAUUUGUUGGCCUUGGUAAGCCCUUAGUAGCGCCACCUCAUUGGGAAUGUGAUCGUCAACAGGCUGCCUUUCAAGAGUUCAAUCUUGCAGUUGGCGCAUCAUAUCAGAACCAGUUGACUGCGAUGGUCGAGAGCUGGGAGGUGGACAAGACACAGCCAAACCCAUUCACAAACAAAGAAUGUGGUAUAUCUGAAGCUGAUGUAUGUGCCCACUUCGCUGAACAGGAGAAGGCUGCUGCUAUGGAUGGAAGGUUUCACCAUCAUGACAUAAGCCCGAGUGUAUUUAUUACAUUGGGUUUAUCAUUAGAAGACUUGCAAAGACGUCUACGCUUUGAAAUAACUGAUGGGGUGCUGUCCUCACAUCAGCAAACAGAGUUGCACAAGCGCCAGACUUCACUUCUUAAGCAGAUCCAUCGAUUUUGGUCCGUG